AUGGGUAACUUUUUUCUACACUUGAGAUUCUAUCAUGUGAAGUUCAAACAUCUCUUAACUGUUGUUAUCUUUGUUGCUGUUAUACUUGUUUUCCAAUCUUAUUGGAAAACAUUUUCUAUAUUGGAUGUGCCUACAUUCAUCGGAAACAAUGUUACUUUUGAAAAAGAUCAACAAGGUUCUGAUUUGGAUCAUGAAUUUGAUCAUGAAGAAGGAAGAAUCUUCGGUAGUGACAGUUUUGAAUUUGAAGUUGAUAGUCAUGAAAACGAAAAUCACAGUUUCACUCAGAAAAAAUUGCGUGGUGAUUCUUUGCAAAAGGUUAGAGAAUUAUAUAACAAACAUGGUAUUCAACACCAGAGAAACAACAUGGAUUUUGCAGCAAAUGGAAAUGGAAUACAAAGUAUGGAAGUAAUAGAGCCCCAAAAUGUGAAACCUCGGCUACUGAAAACUUCUUUGUCCGAUUUAAAUAAUAUAUCUAUGACAGGUUCCUCGACACGGAUGAGUAAGUUGGCAUGGCCAACUUCGUUAACAGAGUUGAACUCUCAGUUGAUUCAGAGUUUUAAUACUUCAUCUAUGAAGCCAGCGUGGUCUUCGUCGCAACGUGAUCGUGAACUCUUAACUGCAAAACUGGAGAUUGAAAAUGCAAAUGUGAUAUCUAAUUCUCCGGGAAUUUAUGCACCUGUUUACCGGGACGUUUCCAAAUUUUUAAGGAGUUAUGAGCUGAUGGAGCGCAAGCUCAAAGUUUAUAUCUAUAGAGAAGGAGAAAAACCAAUAUUUCAUCAACCAAAGAUGAGAGGAAUUUAUGCCUCAGAGGGAUGGUUUAUGAAAUUGAUGGAGGGAAGCAAGAGAUUCGUAGUGAAGGAUCCCAAAAAAGCUCAUUUAUUUUACCUUCCAUUCAGUUCGCAAAUGCUAAGGGCUAAUAUUUCCAACAAUAACCAGAUGGAGCAAUACCUUGAAAGAUAUGUGAAUUUAAUUGCGGGAAGAUAUCGUUUCUGGAACAGAACUGGAGGAGCAGACCAUUUCCUAGUUGCCUGUCAUGAUUGGGCUUCUCGAAUCACAGUGCAACCAAUGAAAAAUUGUAUUCGGUCUCUGUGCAAUGCUAAUGUUGCUAAAGGAUUCCAAAUAGGGAAGGACACUACUCUACCUGUUACGUACAUACAUUCUGUAAUGAAUCCACUAAGAAAAAUCGCAGGUAAACCUCCUUCAGAGAGGACUAUACUAGCCUUUUUUGCAGGAGGCAUGCACGGUUAUCUCCGUCCGAUCUUACUAAAACACUGGGAGAACAAAGAACCCGACAUGAAAAUUUUCGGUCAAAUGGCACGUGACGCGGAAGGUAAAAGAAUUUAUAUGGAGUACAUGAAUAGCAGCAGAUAUUGUAUAUGUGCUAGAGGUUAUGAAGUUCACACACCAAGAAUAGUCGAAGCGAUAUUUUCCGAGUGUGUUCCGGUUAUCAUAUCAGAUAAUUAUGUGCCUCCUUUCUUUGAGGUGUUGAAAUGGGAAACGUUUUCGGUAUUUGUUCGCGAAAGCGAUGUCCCUAGUCUUCGAGAGAUACUUCUCUCAAUUCCAGAAAAGAAGUAUUUGGCAUUGCAUUUGGGAGUAAAGAAGGUUCAGCAACAUUUUCUGUGGCACAAAAUUCCUGUUAAGUUUGACUUAUUUCAUAUGAUUCUUCACUCUAUAUGGAACAAUAGACUUUCUCAAAUGAGACUGAAGUAA